CAAAAGAUGCUGUUAAGGGUGGCUGGGGGUGGGGAAAGGGGGGCUGUGGCUGAAGUUGGCAGUCAGUGUUGUGAAGAUCGAAGAACGUCAACUUGAUAAAACCCCAAAUGAAAGGUUGAAGAUGAGGUUUGAAUAAAUCGUUGGUUUGAUAUUCUGUACUGUCUCCGUGAGCUGACGUGAGCCAAUGCCUGAAGUGCGGAGAUGCUGACGGGAGCCAAGCAGGCUUCACACGUGGUUCCAAUGCGAGUUGGGGUCAAAGUAGGAGACAUGUUCCUUCAGGAUACCAUUCUGUGUGAUGGCCUAAUGGACGCCUUUUAUAACUACCACAUGGGUGUAACAGCUGAGAACGUGGCGAUGCAGUGGCAUGUGAGUCGAGAGGAGCAGGACAAGUUUGCUGUACAGUCCCAGAACCGAACUGAGGCAGCACAGAAAGCUGGCUAUUUUGAAAAAGAAAUUGUUCCUGUGGUGACACAAUAAUAUCCUUAUUUGAUAUAAUGCCUUUAGGGA